AUGUACUGUGCACUGGAAGAGAUUACAGCAAGUUUAAUGCUGUUCAAGAACAAGGAUGAUUUUAUGAAGAAGAAAGCACCGAUUGAAACCGUUGUAUUGGAGGAUGCUGAAUGCAAUAUCACCGAAAAUGUUGAUGCCAGUUUUUCAAUCAGGUUAAUAGCUUGGAAAACAGGAAGGAAGAAAUUGACAUUAAAUAUGAUGUUAAUAGAAUUAGAAAUCAUCGCUUUUUUGCUUUUGAAUUUUCUCAUAAAAGUACAGAAAUCAGAAAGAAAGUUUUUUUUUCUCAUUGUCAAUACUAUCAAAAAAGUUUUUUUGGCGGCUGUUUUGAAAGUUCAGUGUUAA